UAUGAGAAGCUGAGCUGAGAUGUCGGGGUCGAGGCAACUAUAUGCAGGCACUGCUGAUAUCAGAUUUGAUAUUGGAUCGAGCAGGAAUAAACGUUUCCCUAAACCGGAGCAGGUGGCGGGAAAGGGUUGGGAGGCGCAAACGUUACCGCUUCAGCAUCAGACGAAUCCGGCAGCCUGGAUCUUCGUAUCAAGCACCCCAACUUUAAUACCGGCGAGAGAUACUAGAGGAGCAUCGAGCAUCCCAUAUCCUGGGCUACUGUACAUACGCUAUUCCUUUUGGUUUUACUUUUUAAAAUCAGCCCAGAGAACCUUAGCCCCAUUGUAUCACCAUCUGAACACGCCCCUGACGACGACAUUCUCCCCCCUGGCAUCCUCAUACAUUUCCUUUUGGAAUACGCAUUGCCUAAGAGCUAUUUCCAAUUAUGAGCACUACAGGGGACAUCAUCUAUAUUGGCUUCUUCCAUAACGAACAUGGGGAUCCUCCGGAGGAACUCUACGGGGCUGAUUCAUUUUAUGAUUCCCUACUUACCAGAUUUAUCAGAAAAAGUCAACUCGAAUUGAUAACAUUUGUUUGCACCACUCUCCUCGCAAAACUCAAGCCCAACGAUACUGCUGUUACCGUUAUUAAGGAUGAAGUAGAGAACCAAAAUGUCGGAGUACUCUACUGCUUCAACCCCGGCACAGGCCCUGCCACCUUUGUCGUCGCUCGUCCCAACUAUUCUGAGCAAAUUGCGAGAAGCAUCGCGAAAGGAGUUCAACAAAAAAUGAGGAAGGAUUUCGGUUCGGACCAAGACUUCGAUUUAACCCUGCAAAGAAGGUCUGACGUCCCGCAGAAUAAACUCCAACUCUAUGAUUUAUCAGUUGCGAAAGCCAAGAGCAAACUCAAGGAGUAUGUAGAGGAUCCAGGCAAGGCAGAUGAAAUUGCAAAGAUUCAGCGGCAGCUAGACGAUACGAAGCAGGUGCUUUACCAAACGGUUGAUAAGCUGCUGGAGAGAGGAGAGAAGCUAGAUAGCCUGAUCGCAAAGAGUGAUAAUUUGAGCAUGCAAAGUAAGGCAUUUGCAACGCAGGCGAAGAAACAGAAUUCAUGUUGUGUGGUGAUGUAGAAUGGGCCUGUGUUCUUCACAACUCUCUAACAUGUCUAUGAGAGUUGAAAAUGAGGUUAGUAUGCAGUCUAGUUGCACAGCAUUCACGCCCACACUUCCCUCAGCUUCCCUUCUAUUAUCUUUCUUGAUUCCCUCAUGGUUUAUUUUCUCUUUCGGCCGCUCCUUUCCAAGGAAAUCUAUCCGACAUUCACUCUAUUUUGUUCCUUCAUGACUCACGAACCGAGUUUCCACAUAUUUACUUUUUGCUCAUCAACUUUCAGAGUUUUUUUUUUUUUUUUUUUUGCAAGUUUCGUAAUGUCUUCUUCCAUUAUGGCCCUCUUCCAGAUAGAGUAUGCCACAUUUUUGGUCUUUGAUGGUUUUUACAUAUAUAUAUGGAGUAAAUAAAGUAAAUAAUUCUGCCCCCUUUUCCUAUGUAUCGGAUUAUCGGUGAAUAGAGUCCUGCGUAACUUUACUGAUAAAGCUGUUGGUGACGUUAGAAGCAAGGCUGGAGGGUUUCUAGCUCGUUUUGCCAUAUAUUCUUUCUAUCUCACACGGCGCGAGUGUCGACGCAUGACAAGACGACUAUAAAAUUUCGGGUGGAAUAAAAAAAACGGUGCAGACAAAAACAAAAUGUGCAAGAAUGGACCGUCAAAAUGGCAUCAAAAGGUUAUCAACAUUUAUACACCAACAGCUCACUCUAAAAUCAAAUCUCUAUGAUCGGAGAUUCAACGCAAGUCAUGGAGCUGGCCCUCGAGGAUGGAGGAAACUCAACCCUAUCCAAAUAGUUCAGACCCCCCUUAAUCACUGCAAUUUCAUUCCUCCGAUCCACUACAAUAUCUCCCUUUAUUGUCAUCGCAUACCUAGUGUAUUGCUCAUCAAACCAGUCGCCAGGGAUAAAGAAAUGACGUUGGUAGGGUCCGUGAAGGCGUUCCAGCUCAAUAGAACACACCCAUCCUUCCGUAUUACAAAAGAUAAGCUUAGAUUGCCAUAUUCCAAGCACAAACGAGAUUACUUCCGCUAGCGAAAGUUGCGCUAUAGGGGGAACUGGAACCUCGUCCAGGCUGUUUUCAACCUUCAAGAAUGUCCAGUCGAAAAGGAAUCCAUGGCGCAGCUGACUAAAGAUGACGAGCAUAUUAUUUCCCGAUAUAUGAUAGAAGUUUCCAUGAGGUGAAUAUCCGGGUGAAAUAUUAACGUCGAGGUGAACGCAGGCGAGAAGAGUCAACUCACUCCAGGUGUGUAUGUUUAUCGCACUCCUUCCCCCGCCCAGGUAUUCCACGCCGAUAACAUAAAGCGGUGAGAACGGGUGUUGAGUCCACUGUACUGUCCCUAGAUUUUUACUUGCCUGUAUCUGGCCAUCAAUAGAUAUAAGAUAUGAUCUUUUGUUGGUUGCAACAAGAGAUUUGCCAUAAGGACUGAUUAAAAUCUGAGGGGAAUUUGUGAAAUUAUCGUCUGAUAGUUCGAUGAAGUAUCCGGAACCCUUUUCGGCUUGCCACCCGUCUUCCUCCCACCUUGGCGUCUUCUUCAAUUUUGUGGAAGAUAACCAGCCGCUGGGAGAGCCUGUCGUAUGCAAAGCUGUAAGGACCUCGCCAUCAUCCCACCAGCCGAGAGCAUUAACGAAACUAUCGCCGGCCUUGUAGAACGGUUCCAUUUUUUUUCCAGUCUGCAAACCAAACGAGAGAACGGUGCCAUCAUUGGUACCACAAAAUGCAAAAUUUCCUGUGGAAUCAACUGCCAUUGAACGGAUUGAAACACCCUUCUUGGGAGUAGAAUAAUCAACGGCAGGCAUCACCGCUACUUCAGUUGCCCCGUCUUUCGUGUGCCCAGGAGUUAGCAUAGCUGGCUCCCAGACUAAACAAUGGUGUUCGCAAAAUUCGAAAAAGUGUAGACUGUCAUUACCCCAGGCUACGGAGAGAUGAUCGCAGAUAUCUGUUUUGAGAAACGUUUGCAUCUCCAGUGUUUCAAAGUCAUAAACGAAUACCCACACGUCAGGACCUGUAAUCAAAAGCGUACGUUCAUCUGGGCUUACUGCAAGGGCACUAAUGUGGCCUAACCGAGAUAGUUGUCUAAAUAUGUGAUCGGUAAAGGGCUCAAAAACCGAUUAGGCCCAAACCGAAGGUGGC